AUGUCAAAACCGACUCUCGAGCCCUUGGGGCCAGAGUAUGGUUCCUCUAUUCUCCAUCUCAUCGAAGCCUACGCUGCCGCAAAGAAGGAGGCAUCAAAGACACAAAGCAAACUCUCGCGGGCCGUUGAGCGCCGGCAGAAGGAAAACGAGGAAUUUGAUACCCUGGUAACGGAAUGGACAAUUCGUGAAGCAAGAUACAAGGCUGAGAUAAAACGACUCGAGAUAAUCAUACACCGAACCUCUGGAAGCGGUCUCGAGGCUGUGUCAAUGGCGAGAUCUGGUAGUCUCAUCCGGAGGGGUUCUCGAAACGUCACUGGCGAUCAGAACAUCUCACCAACAGAAUUGGGGAACCACCGCAGAGGAACUACAGACCGCGGCGUCUUCAAAACAGAAGCUUCAGCUCCCCGCCAUCGAGACUCACUUAUUGGCCGCCCCCGUAUCCUCGACCCCAAGAGCGACGUCACACUUAGCAUGAGAAUAGACAAGGAGCCUCUGGCUGAUAAUGUGACCUCCAUAAUACAAACCCACGCAACCAUUCGGGAGGUACCCAGUACGCCUUCGUCAAAAACCUCGUCCUCAAGCUCCAGCAGUGAUGCCCACGGGUCUACGAAGCGUUCGAGCGACCCAGCACUGGAACGAGCCCAAAUCCUCUCUGGGAGCCCCAGCCUCGCCGCGGAGAAGCAGCGUCACCAGCGAGAGUUUUCAUUCGUCGAGAGCGAGGAUAGUCACAUGGUGACGCAAGACGAGGUCGACAUAAGUGACACUCAUUCCAGGAACGAGAAUGCAACUGUCAAAUCCCCUCAUACUCCACUGGGAGCCGUGAAGAAGGAUGAAGAACAGUGCACCACCAACAUGUGCAUGACUGCACCCGGCGCAGGAGAAGUACCCCCAGAUGGCAUGAACGACGAGCUUCCGCAGCUGCGCCGUUCCAAGGAAACCGCUCAACGACGUUUCGGUGGCAAGAUCGACGCCGACGGUAAAGCAUAUCUCUAG